UAUGAAGUAACAGCUCAAAUUACUCGCCAAAGGCGAGGAGACUACUCUAUAUAUAACAGCUAUGUUCUCCUGCAUUUCUUUGCUUGCAUGCAGUGUCUGUAAGUCUAAGGACUUAGCGACAGGCACACUUUAUCCUUGAUACAGUGGAUCACAACAGCAAAUAUUACAAGCCAACAACACGGUCUCCUUGACAUCAACUUCCCUUAAGCGCAAUCUCACACGUAUCUUUGAAAGCUCACAAAGCUAAAUCUCCGCAGUCACGUCGAGCGGUGUUGUCUCCGCCUCUCAACCACCCCCCCUAGGGCAGCCAGGGCCAGGUAGCACAUAUGUUGAUGCAGACACACUCAGAACCGCCUUCGCCCUCGCCAUGUCUGCAAUGUACAAAUAGGAGGUGCCGUUGUAUGGUGAUUUGAUUCAGAUCGUUCAGCGAGUCAAUCGCGAAGCGCAAGCCAAGAGACUGAACGGCCUCGAUGGUUCGGUUUUUAUGGAAGCAAGUACCGAGCGUCUUACUCUUGAACGGCACGGCGCAAUUCGCCUCGGCACCCCCAAAGAGCUUCACACAGUCAGGCGAAUAUUCGCCGUCCUCGGGAUGCAUCCUGUUGGAUAUUAUGACCUUUCGGUUGCCGGAUUACCUAUGCAUGCAACCUGCUUCCGACCGAUAUCGACCGAGUCCCUUCAACGUAAUCCCUUUCGAGUUUUCACCACUCUUCUUCGCCCAGACCUACUUACAUCGGGGACGGCUCACGACGUCUCUCUGGAACUCCUCGAUAAACGCAAUAUUUUUAGUGAUGCUCUCAUCGAACUUCUUGUAGCGGCUGAAAACUCCCCGGACGGUUAUCUGACCUCCGAGCAAGGAGAGCAAUUUGUUUCUGAAGCUCUCAAGACGUUCAGCUGGAGGUCUAUGGCUGCAGCAACCUAUGAGCAGUAUAACUUGCUAUGCAGCGAGCACCCCAUUCUUGCUGAUAUUGCUUGCUUCAGCUCUUCUCAUAUCAACCAUCUGACACCGCGGGCCUUAGACAUCAACGCUGCCCAACAAGCCAUGGCUGCCGCUGGUAUGGCAGUCAAAAGCCGUAUCGAGGGUCCGCCAGUAAGGAGAUGUCCCAUCCUCCUUCGACAAACAAGCUUUCUUGCUCUUGAAGAAAGGAUCCGGUUCGCUGGAACUCAAGAGCAAGACUUUGUGGACAGCUUCCACAAGGCUAGAUUCGGCGAGAUUGAGGAAAGGGGUGCCGCAGUAACCCCCGCUGGUCGGCAACUUUAUAAUGAAUUGUUGAACGAGGCAAUGGAGACAGCACAGAAAACCGGGAAAAGUAACGAUCCUGUCGCUGUGGACCAGCUUGUGGAGCAAGCCUUCCAGAAAUAUCCCGAUGACUGGGAGGAGCUACGACGUGGGGGCCUUGUAUACUCUGAGUACAAGUGUACCCAUGACACCAUGGACAAGAUGAAGAAUCUGUCAGGUCUGACCAGUAUGGAAUCGUCUGCCUUCCUGGACCGGCUGGUCUCUGAAGGCAUUUUGAAGGCCUCACCCAUCACAUACGAGGACUUUCUGCCGUUCUCGGCGGCAGGCAUAUUCCAGUCUAACUUGCAGAAGAACAGCGCAGGGGAGCCAACUGUCACCACUAAGAUGUCGGUAAAGUCAGACAUGAAAGCCCACGAGAAUGCUCUUCAGACGGAGAUACUUGAUUCAAAUGAGCUUUAUGAACAAAUUCAGAGAAAGAGUCUGAACCGGUGUGCUAAGGAAUUGGGUCUGGGCUUGGACAUGUGAUAAUACUUUUUGUGAAUCUUGGUACAAAGCUGGCUCAUCAAGCUGUGUCGGUGUUGCUACAUGGACUCUGAUAGAAGUUUAGAACUAGAACAAUAACUUUCAUCACAACUUAACUCUGUAACAUUUAAAUAGUAUUUCGCCC